UCCACCAAGCGCCCAGGACUCCCUACGCCUCUUUUCUGCCGCCGCCUCCCUUGCAGCAGCGCAUCGCCUCCGCCUGCCAUGUCUCGCCACCGUAGCACCUGCGCCAUCUCUCCUGCACGCGAGCGUGCCUGUCGCCUACGCCCCCUGCCGUGAGACGCGCACCUUGCCUGCUUCUCGUGUUCCUGGUGCCGCACGUCGCCGAGCGGAUCGCCAUCGCCAUCGCCCUCGAGCCCUCGGCUGUCGUCCCGAUUCCCUACUACCGCGCAUGGAUCAACGCCAAGCCUGCCGUUGCCGUCUGCUACCCUGGCGCCCCCUACGUGACGCCCGACGCCCAACGCCACCAGGUCUGCUCGCCCCUGCGUCGUCGCCAGAAACCUCCAUCACCGACCAGACCAUCACCCGUAUCUUCCGGUUUCGAUUCCGGCCACCACGAUGCGUCCCCACCGCAAGAGAGGUGGUGGCACCGUUCUUGACUCGUCACUUUGCAGGACAGUUAGGUGAUCGAAGAAAGAUGCCGGGCGGCGGACUUCAACGAUCGGUCGCCUCACAGUACAGAAGAAUGAUGCCACACUCGGAUGCUGGUGAUGGCUCCGAUAGGGGUUCCGAGUUGGGGCGAGGCAAGGGUCGAGGUAAGGGUGGACCCAAGAGGGGUGGAGGGAAGGGUGGAGGCAGGAGGCGUCGAGAGCCUUCGCCUGUACCGCCGUCUGAGGAGGAGGAGCCUGCCCAGGACCAGGAGCAGGAGCGGGAGGAGGAGUGGCAGGCGGACGCGCUGGAGGAGGAGGGGGAGUCGUCUAAGGAGGAGGACACGGCCGAGGAUACCUCUACGCCGGCUGUCUGGUUGCGAGGUCCCUCACGACUCCCAGAUAGGCCGAUACCUGUUGCCUUGCGCCCGCUGAUUCAACCGUGCGGGGAUAUGAGUUGGACUGUCCUCAGUGGCGGUGCUCACAAACGCAAGGUCAAUGGCAUCCUGGGUCUUUUGUGCAGGGAGCACUUCCCAGGCCUAGUCCACUAUCAAGGACGGUACGAGCCGGCCUGGACGUGGGACCACUACAUCGCCGCCAACAACGAUCAGUUGGAUCGGAGCGGUAGAGACUUUGAGAACAAGGCGGAGCGGGUAAAGGGCGAGCUCUGGGAUUUUUACAGGUGUAAUGAGGGAUAUGAGGAGCGGGCGGCGAUUGUGGCUCACAAUCGAUGCGUUAAACUCGUGAAGGACAUGCAUUAUGAGGCGCAAGUCCACUGCGUCAUCAACUAUUGUUCACAUUUCCUAAAGCAGAAGAUCGGGAAGUCUGAGGCGAGGGAUUUGAAGCUGACCCGAGAGCAAUAUUUACAGGUUCCUGCGUGCUGGUGUCGUAAUGACACCGUGUGCUGGGAGUGUAUAGUGGACAAGUGGUUCGACCCCGAGUGGUAGGCUUUGCACGACGCUGGCCGGCAGUGGCGAUUGCUGAUGCCAGGUCCAGCGCACCAUCAAGGCAGCCUCAACAACGACGAGUACAGGGCUAGAUGGUCGUCCUCACAUGAAGGCCAGGAGUGCAACCCGUUCGUGGGAUGGGCUCUGGCCCGCAAGGGCAAGGCGACAUCCAAUGUCACCUACAACCCUGACGACCCGCCCUUGGCGUACAGCAACCCGUCCGUCCACAGUCGUAUCCAGGCAUACACAGAGAUGGGAAGACAGGUCCAUGGGCCAGACUGGGAUCCGAGCUCCCAGCCCUUUGAUGGAGAAGUCAUUAUGAGGGUGGGAGGAGGCAAGAAACAUGGGCGCUACUACAUUGGCGAUGGCCUUGUAGACACGGCCAGCACUCCCACCCUCUCCCAGAUUCGAGCGAGGAGCACGGCCAAUAGCCCGGCCAUACGCCCACGGCUGUCCGCGUCGCAGCUCCAAGUGCAGGAACUUCAGCACCGAAUGCAAGCGCAACAGGCGGCGUAUGAGGCGGCACUGGCCGAAGAGAGGAGGAUACGACAAGAGAACGAGCAGAAGCAGGCGGCCGAGAUGGCCCAGAUGUACAACUACAUUCAAAGUCUUUCUAUCCAAAUGGGUAAUCCCAUUCCAGCCAUGCAAUUCCCUGUGGCUCCUCCUCCUACUACUCCUCCGAAUUGUCGCCGGGCAUCUCACCGACGCUCCCACAUCAGUUGUUCCCGCCUCAGUUCGGCGGCGCCCCACCGUUCGACGACCCACCAUAGCCAUAAACUUGUUUAUUUCAGUAUUUAUGGACUUGUGAACUUCUGGAUAUGUAUUUGUGAACUUCUGGAUAUUUUGUGAACUUGCAGGACUUUGCAUUGGACUUCUGUAUGUGUUUGAUGUUAUUUGUGGCUAGUUGUGAUAUAUAUAUUGUGAUAUAUAAUGUCUGUGACGUUUGUUAUGAUAUGUAAUGCCUGUGAUAUAUAUGUUGUGACUAGGCAUUGGACUCCUUUUUAA